AUGGCUGUUAUUCCUCAAGGAAAGUUCACCACCGGUGUCGUUGAGAUGUUCGACGGCACCACUGAUGGGGGUGAAGCAUACCUUGACACCGCAAGCGGCGAAACCAACCUCAAGCCCAAGAAAGUCCACCACGUUACAGUAUACGACAUUAGAACACAGGAGCCGGCGCCACAAAUCAACGAAGAUGGUUACGAGGUCCUGGCCUACCCAACUGCUCUCACCGAAGAGGAAUUCAUGACCUAUCGCACGCCAGAGGGAAAGCAGAUGAUCAAGGACCGCUACUGGCCAGAGCUGCAAGAGCUGAUCCUGCAAAAGACUGGGGCAACCGAGGCCAUCCCUUGGCACUUCAGUCUGCGCAACCAGACUCCCGGGUAUCACCCGGAUCAAAUCUUUUUCAUGAAGACUGGAAUUUCCCAGCCAGCAUCUACGGUGCAUAUCGACAACGACCACACCACUGCCAUUGAUCACAUGAACCGUGAACUGGGAGAAGAGAAGGCCAAGGAGCUUAUUGCCGCACACAAGCGCUGGGCUAUCAUCAAUGUAUGGCGACCAGUCGGGAUCCCCGUCCAGUCCUGGCCCUUGCUUGUUGUCGAUCGACGCAAUGUCCCAAACUGGAACUACCCGGAGAACACUGCCCGAGUUUACCGGACCAACGAUCCGAAGUACUACAAAGCCCACGACAACUUCCUCAAAUUCCAUCCUGAUUACAUCUACCGCUACGCAGAUCGCCUUACACCGGAGGAGGUUAUCAUGUUCAAGGAUUAUGAUUCUCGCACCGAUCGCGUUAGAGGCACUCCCCACGGAGGCUUCCAGGACGACAAUAGCGCUGCUGAUGCUCCGCCGCGCCGGUCCAUUGAGGUCCGCCUCUUCGUUUUCUUCGAUGAUGAAGAAUAG